UCAACAUGGCGUCUCUCAUAACCGUUUGACUUGUGUCAACAAGACCAAAACGCAGCUAAAGGUAAAUAGGACUGUGCAGCGAGGCUGACUAAUAAUAUUUCAGACAGGAGGAUGAGACUGUUGCUGACAGUAUUAAAACGAAUCCAUAAACCACCUGCUGACACCAGUCGCCCGCGUUGUCUGAGCUCCAGUGCUAGCAGCGGCCUGUUACCUCUGCGAGAUGAGGCUCUAAUCUUGGGGUCCAGCCGGGAACUGGUGCAGAGACUUGGCUCACAGGUGGAGGUGAGGACCACCUUCAUCACCGAGGAGGAGGAAGGAGCUCUUCUACGAGAACUGGAGCCAGGCCUGAAGAAGAAACGCUACGAAUUCGACCACUGGGACGAUGCUAUUCACGGGUACCGAGAGACUGAGCGUGUGAGGUGGGGGCCAGCAUGCGAGGAGGUCCUGAAUCGUGUCCGAUCCGUAGCGUUCCCUCAGGGUAGUCCACUCCUCGGGCCUGUGCACAUUCUGGAUUUGGACAAGACUGGGUACAUCAAACCUCACAUCGACAGUGUCAAGUUUUGUGGCAGUACUAUUGCCGGGUUGAGUCUUCUGUCAGACAGUAUCAUGCGUUUGGUGAAGGAGGAUGCCAGCAACGAAUGGCUGGAACUUCUGUUGCCCCGGCGCUCCCUCUACAUACUGAGAGACCAGGCCCGAUAUAACUUCACUCAUGAGAUCCUGAAAGAUGAGGAGUCGGUGUUCAAUGGACAGAGAGUGGCUCGGCAGCGUCGUAUCUCCGUCAUCUGUCGGAACCUUCCUGACUAAGUGUCAAUGUGUCAAUGAUCACUAUUAAGAGGUCCCUUAUGUUUUGUAAUUAAUAGAAUGUUAUUAUGUACAUACAUUUAUGAUGAAGUGUCCAGGACAACGGCUGGGUCACACCUGUCAAAAUUAAAGAAGUCAAACAGAA